GGUCGCGGCGGGCGGUCGAUGGCCUGGCGGCGGCAUGAGGCUCCUGUUCCUGGCGGUGCUGCGGCCGUGCACGGGCAACGCGGUCACAGCCCAGCGCGUCCGGGGCCACCUCGAGGCCGCAGGUCACGUGUGCGUCCUGAAAGACGCCCUGGACUACGACAGCGCGUUGGAGGUGGCGGGCCUCGUCCAGGCCGCGGCGGCGGAGGCGGCCCUGGCGCUGCACGCCUACAGGGCAGGCCGGCUCCUGCGAGGUCAUGGGAUCCCUUUCGGAAUCAUCUUCGGGGGAACUGACUUAAAUGAAGACGUUAACCAGGCAGAAAAAAACCACGUGAUGGGAAAGGUCCUUGAAGAAGCCAGGUUUGCUGUCGCGUUCUCGGAGUCCAUGAAGGCAGCAGCAGGCCUGCAGUGGCCGCACGCGAAGGACAAGAUCUACGUCCAGACUCAAGGAAUCAUGACCACACCCAACGCCGCCUUUGCCUGGGACGCCUUUCUCCGGUGUGCAGACAUUAGGCCCAGUGCUCACGACGCGCACGUGUUCCUCCUGAUCUGUGGGCUCAGGCAGGUGAAAGACCCUCUGUAUCUGGUGGAUGCGUUCUCAGAGUGGCACCGGCAAGAGCCGCAUGUCUACCUGGCGAUCGUGGGCCCUGAGGUGGACCCCGUGUUCACAAGGGAAGUGAAGGCCAGGGUGCAGAGCGCCGCGGGGGUGCGCCUGGUCCCAGAGAUGCCGCAGGGGGACCUCCACGCGGCCCUGAAGAGCUGCACAGCCCUGGUCAACAGCUCCGUCUCCGAAGGCAUGUCGGCUGCCAUUCUGGAGGCGAUGGAGCUGGGCGUCCCGGUGCUGGCCAGGAACAUCCCCGGGAACGCCGCCGUGGUCCGGCACGGAGACACGGGACUGCUGUUUUCCGACCCGCAGGAGUUUGUCCAGCUGGCGAGGAGGCUGGUCCGCGACCCCACGCUGGGAAGAGACCUGGGGGCCCACGGCCAGGCGCACGUGAGGACACACCAUUCCUGGCAGGCGGAGAGAGACACCUACCAGCACCUUGUCCAGACGCUGGAGGGGGGUGCGGGUCACCGGGCCUGCUGACCAGUGCCCCCAGCACGCGCCUGACAGGCUCGGGCCACGCCCCUGACGCCCAGGCAACGAGAGGCCGG